GUGCCGUGCCUCCUCCCUCUCACUAUACCUCAUGCUUCAGUGUGCACAGUCUGGAUAACAGGAGAAGUCAACACUGGAUGCCUUAAGCAAAACUAUUCAAAUCUCUCUGCGUCUUAAUUCUUUACAGGUUUUAUUUUUUGGACCUGUUUUUGCAGGAGUCUCUGGUGAAGAUAUAAGAUUAAAGACAGGAAUUAGAUUUUUGCACGGGGCUUUCUGGACCGUGUCUGUGUGUUGUCAGGAAUAAAUGAUCACCUCAACCAGAAGAGUGUCCCCAGAUAAAUCUGAAGUUAGAAUCGCCUUCAGCCUCAGCCAAACAGAUGUGAAAGAUGACGAUGACCUCUCACACAAUUUCCCUGAUCUUGAACGCCGCUUGCAGCCAGUGCCCCCUUGUGUUUCUCUAAGGGAGAGUGUCCAGGUGUACAGGGAGCACUGCAGAAUGGCCAAAGAGUUUCAUCAAGUCAAACACGAAAUAUCUGUCCUUGAAGACCGCAAGCGUAAGCUGCUGGCAGAGCUGGUGGAGGAUGAGCAGGUUGCUAUGGAGAUUGCCCGGUUGGAAGACGAGUUUCGGCGUCUUGUGGAAGAAAACCGCACCCUCGUGACGGUCCACACUGAGCGCGCCCAGCAGCUGGAGAUGCUCUGCAUGACCAAUCGGAUAAGGCGGGACUCCUCGUGACCUCUGACCUCCACAGGACCUGACACCUUCAGAUAUCGUGAUGUGCUGAAAAGCCACUCUCUUCUCUGUGAAUAAGCUACUCAAACACCUCUUUAUCAUCCGGGCUCAUUAUAAGGGAAUACAUGGUGUACAUUUGCAAAGUUACAGUUGGUGGAUGUGGGAGGCAUAUCACAUUUGUAUUUUUGGGUCAGGCCAUGACCCUGUAUGUGACUGCUGUAUGUGACUUACUUAGACCAUAUACCCAUAUGUUUUAUUAUAUUUUUUAUCUUAGACCUUUCCCUUAACCAGUGUGUUUUAACUUUAGUCCAAGGACUGGUCUGACACAAAAAAACUGGUUUUAACUUUGGUAGGUAUCAUCCACUCCAUAGCUUCAAAGUAUUUAUCUGUGACAAAGACCCAAAAGUAAAUUACCGGUACAUAAUAACAUUUAAAACACAUUUUUCCUCACACAUUUUUUGCAAAUGGUUUUAAUUUAAAGCAAUACCGAUCCCUACAAAAUCCAUGUAAAUGUAUUCCCAAGGUGUCCAAUGCCACCCUCAUAAACUAAGUAUGAACCUUUGUUAUUCCAACAUCAGAACUUGCCUCAUCUUGCUUUGUUUUUCUGUGAUGUCACAGUGUGUAGGCAUCAUGUUGACAUAACUUUAUCAGCUACUGUGAUAUUUAGGUCCUGUGGAGAUUAAACAUACACUGUGAGUGUAUGAUGUGGUCCAAAUGUUCAAUCCUAACACUGCCGCGCACUGCUUUGGCGCUGGACUUUUGUUUUAUAAAAAGAAAAUUCAAAGUUUUCAUGAGGAACAUCAAAAAGAAGAAGGAUGGCUGUUUUACACAAGUUGUAGAUUUGUGUCAUGUGCCUUGUACAUGACUUUGAAGCAGAAGUACAUCUCUGAACCCAAACAGUACAUCUAUUAAUAAACAAGAAUACAGAAAUGUU